AUGAUCCCCCUUUUUUUUUUCUCUUAUGUUAGAUUUUUUUUUUAUUCCCGACCCCUCCGCCGACCUCCACCACCGCCGUCACCUGCUUACGUGGAUGUUUAUGUAACCGAACCGGCAUUUAUCGACGACAGAUAUCAUGCAUACAGACCGAAGCCCCAAUUUUUAAGAGUGUCCAGUACGUUUAGCAUCAAGACACGGAAUCUAUCUAUCUAUCUAUCUAUCUAUCUAUCUAUCUAUCUAUCUAUCUAUCUAUCUGUUUGCUUGUCUGUCUGCCUGUCUGCCACAGUUUCUUCUUAUCUAUCUAUCUAUCUAUCUAUCUAUCUAUCUAUCUAUCUAUCUAUCUAUCUAUAUAUCUAUCUAUCUAUCUAUCUAUCUAUCUAUCUAUGUAUCACUUCACGGCAAAUCUAUCUAUUUAUCUCUAUAUUUACUAUCUAUCCCAUUCUGUUUAUUUCUUUGUUUCUUUCUUUCUUAUUCUUUUCAUCUAUCUAUCUAUCUAUCUAUCUAUCUAUCUAUCUAUCUAUCUAUCUAUCUAUCUAUCUAUCUAUCUAUCUCAUUAGUUUCAUGUUUACAUCGUUGAUAUUUUUCUUUUUCUUUUAUUUCCGAAAUAUUUACUUUCUUUUUACUUCAUUGAAUGUCUUGUUUUAUUCCAUUCUUAUUUUAUUUCUUCAUUCCUUCUUCAUUUUUUCCAUUCUUAUUUUGCUUUUUCAUUCCUCUUCGUUUUUUUUUUAUCUUUUCUCUUUCUUUUCCUUUUCUUUAUUUAACGAUUUUUUAUUUUGUCUUUCUAUUUCUUCCUCUUUUUGA